UUGAUUUAAAAGCGUGAAGAUGUACAUUGGCCUUAUAGUUAAACCACUGCCUGUCUGAAUUUUUAAUUCUGUAACGCUUGGGUAUUUUUUUUCUGCCAGUCUGUUGAGGCAGAGGUGGUGGCCAGCAUGAGAACAGAGAUGUCUCCAACUCUGGAGGAGAAAACAUUUAGCAGGACGACAAACAGUGAAACAGAGGGGUGUUAUCCUUCGGGAAGGCCUGUUGAUGGAGGGGAGCUGAGGCGGAGAGAUGGCCAUGAGGACAGAGAGAGAAAGAAAGACAGAGAGAGGGAGAGAGAGAGAGGGGGAGAGUUUGGAGAGGAGCCGGGGACUGCCCAUGAUGGAUGGGCGGAGCAGUAAGCAUGCGCUGAGCUGGCAGACUCUGGGCUGGUCCUGACGGGCUGGCUGGGCUCCGGACCGCUGUCUGUGUGCUUCAGACGGUCGUGGGGGAGACUACCAUCAACGCUCAGCGUCUCCUCGAGUGCCCAGAGGGGGAGAGAGAGAGAGAGAGAAAAAAAGCUGAAGAGACAAGGGGAUAACUGCGAGAAAAGAAAGCAAACAGCCCCACCUCGGCAUCUGGAAAAGCACCGAAGAAGAAGGAGACGAUCCUCCCCCCUCCACCCCACACCCCGUCGCCAACCCGCCCUAUCUACCCUACUCACCACUUCGUGCCAUCCCUGUGGUCUGAACUGCCCUCCCACCCCCCACCCCCAAGGAGAACCACGAGCACCCAUAGGAAACCCCCACUUGACCAGCGUUGCCAUUAAGCGAUGCGCUUUGAAUUUAGGAAGAUAUUCACCUAUGCGCUUUUGAUGCAGAACACAACCAGUGGUCUUCAUUUUUCCUCAGUGGGAACAGUUAAGGCUACGGAUCUGGGUGUUUACACUUUUUGACGGGUUUCCAGUGGCAUGAUAACAUGCAGCAUAUAUCAUCCCACGGCAACAGACAGGGCUGUCAUUCCAUAGAUUAGUCUUUAUUUACAAAACCAGCUGUCACAUACGCUGCGUUUGAGCUUAUGUUUGAUUUUUCCAUGCUUAGAAAUAAUCCUGACAAUGGUCUGGGAACGGACCGCCUCUCCAGACACCUAGUAAUAUUUUGUCAAGACGUGUCAGAGCUAUAUUUCGCUCUUAUCGAAGAAAAAGCGAUAAAUUGACGAGGAGUCACUUGACACCGACGCCGUUUGAGCCACAGGACUUUUUGCGUGCGAAGUUUGCACCGGGAAGAGGGGGGGGGACCAAGUCGCAGAUAUCUCGGCUCUAUCCACGGCAUUUUCCCUGUAAGGUGGGAGGUCAGCGGGUUGUGGUCAUGCUGUCCCUGGACGAACCCCUGGACCUUAAGCUCCCUCGGCGGGCCAAUGGGCGGGACAGAGGGGCGCGCUCGCCCCCCCUUUCCCCACUGCACCCCAAGCGAGCCCGCCAGCUCCGCAUGGCAGACGAUGGCACCGCAGUGAUAGAGCCAGCCUCGCCAGCUUCUCCACGCACAGGUGUGCAGGUGGUCCCUCACGAUCGAACAGACACUCCCACCCCACCUGCAGUGGACCUGAGCAUGUCUCCCUCCUCACGCCACACCCCCAGCUCUCCAGAAAUGACCAACGGCAACUACAUCCCCUCAGGGAAUUCUCACAUCUCGCAGGCCUUUCAGUUUUUUGUGCCAAUUGGAGCUGGGGCGGGGCUUCACCUGCCAUCCUCCAUGUUCAUUGGCCAGGCAAGCGACAAGAGAGCAUCACCUGACUUGUCAGCAGAUGAACAACUGGCCUGUCGUUGGAGGAAGUGCCAUCUCCUCUUUGACUCCCUGCAAGACCUGGUGGACCAUGUCAACGACUUCCAUGUCAAGCCCGAGAAGGAUUCUGGGUACUGCUGCCACUGGGAGGGCUGUGCUCGCAAAGGCAGGGGGUUCAAUGCAAGGUACAAGAUGCUCAUCCACAUCCGCACUCACACUAACGAGAAGCCCCACCGCUGUCCCACCUGCAACAAGAGCUUCUCACGUCUGGAGAACCUUAAGAUACACAACCGCUCACACACAGGUGAAAAGCCCUAUAUUUGUCCUUAUGAGGGUUGCAACAAGCGUUACUCUAACUCCAGCGACCGCUUCAAACACACGCGCACACACUAUGUGGACAAGCCCUACUACUGCAAGAUGGUGGGCUGCCUGAAGCGCUACACAGACCCCAGCUCUCUCCGCAAGCACAUCAAAGCCCAUGGCCACUUUGUGGCUCAGGAGCAGGGCUCCCCAGGUGGGGUGGGCUCCCUGCUGAAGGGGAGCCAGAGUGGAGGGUUUUCGAGUGGAGGGGGCAAGGAUUCGGAGCUGUCCUACGUGAGCGGAGCCCACAUUAUCAUCCCAGGGGCAGCUGCCGCUCUACUGGGAGGUCACGCUCUCCAGGGCCUGAGUGGUGCCGUGCCCCUGUCUCCCCUCAGUCCUCGGCCCCUGGACCUCAGCUCACUGGGUUGCCCCAACUCACCUCCAGGAGGCCUGGGAGGCACGCCCAUCCUGUCCUUCAACGGCUCCCCACUGGGCCUGGCCAAGUCCCCUCUGCUCUCCUCUGCGUUCCCCUCCUCGGCCCUCGGCCUGCCAAUGGUGCCCAUGCUGGGGGCUGCAUCCGAGCGCAGGGCUCAGAGCCAGCAGGCCAACAAGAAGGGCCAAGGGGAGGAGGCAGAGAAUGAGGUGACUGGGGGGGUCCUGAACCUCUCCACAGGAGGGUCUCAUGAUCCCCUGUCCUGGGUGGUCAUCCCCCCAGGCACCGUGGUGCUCAAGCCAGCUGUGGUCAACUGAUACACACACACACACACACACACACACACACACUUAUAUAUACACACACAAUCCAGAAGAGCUCAGGGGGUUGGGAUGGGAGGGUGAACACCAUAGUGAGGGUACGGGCAGUCAAAGGUGAUAGGGAUUGGCUCAUACAAUCAAAUCCAGGCAAUGCAUUUCAGAGAGAGGGUGGAAAAGGACAAAACUACAGAGAAACUUAUCGAAACUUAAGUCUAGAAACAAUAGAUAACACUACACCUCAUGAGAAUUAAGAAUACAACGCAAGCCUCUUUUAUUGUUGGGAAACCAAGGGGCCCAAGAACUCUGUUCAGGAACAUGUAUGGUUUGGCUCCUUGUUACUUAUUUUAUACUCUAUUCAUUCCUGUUUGCUGGUUCUGUGGACAGGGACCAUGAACGUGACAGUCUUAGUGCUCUGUGUUCUUAAAAAAAGUCCUGAUUCAUUCAUAAGUAUUUAUAUGACUGUACUUCAUCGACAGUGUGCCUCCAGCUUAGCAGUGAGAUAGAUACACCAUGAAACUGAAUGACGCACUCACAGUUGGGCAAACUUGCACAUAACAGGAAGAUUAUCCACAGUUGAUUUUUAAAGUUAUGACCUAUUUUUCACAGGCUGCUGUGAUUAAUAUGAUUCAGACAAGCUUGCCAUACCAAAGCAAGUGAACCCAAACUGUCUCGGAUUUGUGCAGGAGAAGGCUACCGCUUCAGCUCUGAGACAGUUCAAUUAAACACAGCACUUAAUAGUGUCAACUGGUUAUAGUAUUGAAACCUCAAAACUGCUGCUAACCUCUCAGCUUCCCCGGUGUAACAUAAACUGGGAGAGAGCACUUUUGACAAUCUGUCCCCAGUAUGGGGAAGGUGACCAACACGGACCAGCCUAGUCCACAAGAAUGUGUGCCGGGCGUGCAGACUAGGGGCUUUUAGGGCACAGAGCUAUCUGAGGACUUAAACACAGACAAAUGGUGUUACAUCACCUGGCAAUGACCAAUUAUCACUUCCUUUUUUACACAAGUGAAAUUCAAGCACUGGUGCAUCUGGCUCCCCCCUCUGGUCCGACACGAUGCACAACAUCCCGCUUGCCAUUUACAGAACUAGCACUGUUUUGCUCCUGGAUUGUCCAGCUGCUUUCCCGUAAUUGAAUCAACACGGCCAGUUUGUGUAUGAAAGGCCCACUGUGGCGAUAAACACUAGUGUCUUGUGUUUUUAAAAAGCGACCAGACCCAAAACCAGCUGUGAAAAGCAGGUGGUCGUCCAGUCGAAGCCCAACUUAGCCUUGCCGGCUGAAGUUUUGUCCCAAGUUCAACAACUCUUAUGCGGUGCCAAAAAUACCUGGAGAGGGUAAAGUAGGAUGUACGUAUUGUGCCACAGAGGGGGGUGUGAUGCACUCAAUGCCACAUACAGCUGGACUGACUAGGAAGCCACACUAUUGCAAACUGCCUCAUUUUACUCUGUCCAAAGGGGCAAAAAAAAAAAAAAAAAGACAAAAAAGGACUCAUUUGACUUCUGGGAAAACUCUUCUCAUGGUUCAAUUAAGCAGUCAACACGCACUUACCACAAACUAUAUCCCCUUACAUGUUUUAUGAAAUGUUACUGCUAAGUCAUGGUUCUUAAAAAAAUAGUUUGCUCAGUUUUGCUGUGGAGUCCUUCCAGGCUUGUGUUGCUCAGUGCUAAUGCAUGUAUGAUGUUGACUGCUGUCUCCACAGAGGAGAGGUAGGGGAACAGGAGAGGAUCAUCGAAACACAAGGAACAUUCCCUCGAGAGACUGACACACUCAACCCCUCCUCUGUCUUUUUCACUCCUCCAUCUCUCCUCUCUCCAUCUGCUCAUUUUGGCAGUCUUACUUUUCCAUCCCCCAGUCUUAGAACAUCAUUAGACUUCAGUUAUUGCUGUUUUAUAUUUUUGUCAUUAUUUUUGUUUUGCUGUUGUUCAGACGAGACAUUUUUUCUGAUGUUGAAGUUGCUUCUUGUGUUCUGCGAUGGCUGCUCCACAAUCAGCUUUCUGCUGUUGAGGGUGAGUCUUUUUAGGGGGAUGAAGAGAAAUAGAGAGGGAGAAGUUUGGGUGGUCCCCUAGGGCAGUGGUUUCCAACCUGUGGGUCCUGAGAUAAAUCUAGUAAUGGUAAUUUUUGCUUUUUAGCCAUCCCGUUGGCUAAAAACCAAGCCAUUGGUCAGUUCACUACUUUAGUCCACAUUGCAGUACCUCGACAACAAGAGGCUGGGUUAGCCAUGACAUUUAGUACAGACAUUCAUGGAGUCCAGGGGAUGAAUCCUACAGACUUUGAUGAUCCUGUAGGAUUUCAUAGUCUCACCAUAAGAUUGAUAUUUUUGGUUUCAAGCAAAAUGUCUCAACAACUAUUGGAUGGAUUUUGAUCAAAUUUGUUGCAAACAUUUUUGUCCCCCUCAAAAUUAAUUGUAAUAACUUUGGCGACCCCUUAACUUCUCAUCUACUACCAACGCCAGGUCAAAUUUUUAAUUUGUCCAAUGCAUUGGAUUAUGACCAAAUAACUGCAAAACUAAUGAUAUUCUCAACAGCCUCAGCUGUACUUUGUGCUUAGCGCUAAUUAGCAAGUGUUGGCAUGCUGAAACACUAAAGUAAGAAGGUGAACCAGGUAAAUAUUACCUGCCAAGACUCUGAGUAACUCUUACUCUUGUUUCUUGUGAAAUACCAAAUAUGCUGUUUGGAGCUGCAAAGGCCUUAAAAUGAAACUGUGUGGAAAGAAAUCACAGUUUGGUUUAACUGCUCACAAUAUGUGUCUAAACUUAAGCCAUAAAGUGUUGUUAUGGGUCAUAAAUUCAGAUGAUAUUGCUUUAUUUUAAGGGACAUGGUCCAAAAAGGUUGGAAACCACUACUCAAGGGGGGGAAUAUGGUGGACCCAAUGGCAUCACACUCCUCCAUGACAAUCACAUUGGUGUACUUAAGGUAAUUCACUUGGGAUAUGGGCAUAAUAUAUUUCUGUAUCACAUAACCUAACACCAAAUUAUCUUGGGGCUAAAUUGGGUCUGCAAACUCUGCUCCCUUUGUUCUGACUUUUAAUUUCCACAGUCAGAUAAAGGGAAAGCAUAGAGAAAUAACGUUGGACUGUGAAAUGGCGGGCAGCACUGGGAGAGCGUGAGAGCAGAGAGAGAAAGGAUUGGCUGAAUGAAUAAAUGAAUGGACAGGGGAUAGGGAGAGAUGAGGGGCGAGGCUGUGUGCCAGCAGAGGAAAAGAGGCAGAGGAUAGCUGUGCUGUGCAGCCGCCCUCCAUCUGGCCACCUACCCAGCAAACGGCCCUCUCAGCUCUGAAGUCACUGGCUGUGCUGUGCCCAGUGUGGCAGCCACUCACAGGCAUACCAGCCUGCAGAAAACUAGGCCACUGAACUCUGUCUGCCCUCUGGGUUUUUUCUUUUUUUAUAGAUUAAACCCAAAAGGCUCAGCUCCCCCAUCUCCUGGCCACAAAGCUUUUUACCAGUGAUGGGGAAAACAGGCGAACUAACAAGCCGCAAUCGCAGUAAACAAAAACAAAUCUAAUCCUCCCUGUCUGAGGAUGAGCCGUGAGUCGGGUUGCCUACAGGUCUGCAAGGAUUCACAGCAGAGAUGAACUGCGUACCUGUGUUUCUGCCUCAGUGGUUCUUAGUCAUCAUAAUCUCAGACACCCGCUGCCCCCACCACACACACACACACACACACACACACACACACACACACACACUGGUGGCCUGUCUCUAGGUUCAGGCUGGGUAUUGAAGCGAAUCUCACGUUGUGAGUGGACAAUCCUGGCAUGUGAUAUCAUCAGAAAACAGGUGUUAAGUAGGCUAGACAUGGUUUCCGUGGCAACAGUGAAACCCACAGAUGCGGCAGCUCUCCUCCUCCUCCCCCUCCUCUCUCCUUCUCCCUGUCUGUCUGUCUCUCCUCUGCUGGUCGAAGCCAGGGACAGAGACUCAGCACAGCGGCAGAAAGCUGAAUAAUAUGACACGGAUCCUCCCAGGGUCCACAUCUUUUCAAUAUUAAAUAAGCUGUACGAUCCAUUAACCCUUUGAGCUCAGUCUGUAAUAAACUGCACUUUUGUACCCCUCAUGGCAGUGUGUAGAUACGGGGAUGCUGCCACAUCCUCUCGCAUUGUAAAGCGUUAUUCAUCAGUCGUUUUAAGAACCAAGAAUAAUUGUAAAAACCCUCACUUGCUAAAAUGUCUGAAUUUAAAAGUCUUAUCUUUUUUGACAUUAUAUAAGCGGUACUUGCUCCUUGAGAUUUUAAAGCAACCCUUGCUUAAGGCUAUGAAAAUGGAAAUCCAGGGCACAGAAAUUGUGUUAGCUAGCUAAGUCAGUGUCAUUGUAAAGGGGUGCCAUUGACAAGUGCCACAGUGUUGCACAAAGGGUUAAUUGACAAGACUAAGGCCAUGCAAGGCCUGUUCCAAGUUAUGUUUUUUGCACAUUUGUGAGAUAUUAUGUCAGUAUUUUAAUUUUUCCAAGUGCCUUUUUAUUAUAGGUAUAAAAAAAAUAUAGAAGUUAUACUCUAUAUGACAAAAAUGAUUAUAUGAAAAUAUAUUUUUUCCUGGCAUCAUGUUCUGUGGUCGAACAUGCAGAAUUUUAGAGUUGUAAAAGUCUCCAAUUGGUACAACAUAGCGGUGUUCUCCUGUUUUAGAGGAAUUUUAUUACGAUAUUGAUAAUAAUGUCAAUGAAAAGAGAAAUGUUUAAUAAAGUUGCAUUUGAUACAA